AUGGCUCUCCAUUUCCUAUAUCAAGGGUUUGCUCUCCUUCGAACCCUUAUCGGCCCCAGCAGUAUGACUGUCAAGUCCCCUGGCCAGGAAGUCCUGCGUACCUCACGCCUUGAAUUAGUGCCCCUCGGCCCCGAACAUCUCGACUUGACUAUCCAGCUAGACAUGGACCCGAAAGUGAUGAAGCACGUUGCAUUCGGAGUCCCCUUCACAAGAGAUCAAGCGCUCCAAGUCCACCAGUGGCUCCUCGAGCAAGGAACCCACGUCCCCGGUUUCGGAACUUGGGUAGGAUUUGCAGGGGGCGAGUUCGUUGGAUGGUGGAUCUUGGCCCCGAGUCCACUGGCCAAAAGUCCCGAGACUUUUAGUACAGAAAAAGCUGAUUUCGGUUUCCGACUCUCGCCGAACUUUUGGGGACAAGGAUACGCGAAGGAGGGCGGCCGUGAGGUUAUUAGGCAUGCUUUCCAAGAUUUGGGUCUUUUGGAGGCAUCUGGUGAUACUAUGACUGUUAAUGUGGGCUCAAGAGCCACUAUGAAGUCCUGUGGAUUCAAAUACACAGAGACGUUCUUCAACACUUACCCUACGCCGCCUCCGGGUAUCGAAGAGGGCGAAAUGAGGUAUAUUAUUAGGAAGGAGGAUUGGGUCUCGUUGACUUCCGGAGCUCAGUAA